AUGAGCAAAAAAAAGAAUGUUGACAUUCAAAAUGCAUGCUGUGUUCUCUGUGCACAGACAGAUGACUGCCCUGAAAAGUAUGGAGAAAAAAGAACCUAUGUUGAGUACAAGCUCACUGUUCAUUACUACUGUUUGCUGAUGUCAAGUGGCAUAUGGCAGAGAGGGGAAGAAGAUGAAGGUGUAUAUGGAUUCUUAAUCAAAGAUAUCAUAAAAGAAGUAAAGAGAGCUUCCAGACUGAAAUGUAAUAUCUGUAAGAAAAAAGGUGCUUCAAUUGGAUGUGUAGCUCCCAAAUGCAAAAGAAGUUACCAUUUUCCUUGUGGGGUACAAAAAGAAUGUAUUUUCCAGUUUAUGGAAGACUUCAGAUCAUACUGUUGGGAACAUAAACCUGUUCAAAACUUUCCGGAUAAAGAAUGUGGAGGAACGUCACAGUGUACGAUAUGCCUGGAUUUGGUUGAACAACUUCCGGUGUACAAUGUAUUGAAAAGUCCUUGCUGUAAAAAUGCUUGGUUUCAUCGACAAUGCAUACAGUAUCAAGCUUUGAGUGCUGGGAUAUUUUUCUUUAGGUGCACAGUAUGUAAUAACAAGGACAAAUUUCAGAAAGAAAUGUUGAGAAUGGGCAUACACAUUCCAGAAAAGGAUGCAUCUUGGGAACUUGAAGAGAAUGCCUAUCAAGACCUACUUCAAUGUUAUCAACACUGUGACAUUAAAAGAUGUCGCUGCAAGAAAGGAAGAGACUAUAAUGAACCUGAUAGUAAAUGGGAAAUAAAGCGUUGUCAGUCUUGUGGAUCCCGUGGAACUCAUUUGGCCUGUUCAUAUAUGAAGUCAUGGGAGCAAAACUGGGAGUGCAUGGAAUGCAGAAGUAUCUUUGCAAAAUCAGGGAAUUACAGCAAACAGAAAAAGCAUUCCUUGGCUACCUGUGAAAAGACAGAUGGAACACCUUGUUUACUGGAAGAGCCAUCUCCAAAGCGCUGUCGGAAGUCUCCUGGAUCUCAACGCAGUGUUCUCCAAUCAUCAAAGAUAAUAUGCCAGAACAACUUGUCACCCUGCUCACCCAUAGAACUUCCAGCAUCCAACAGAGUGACGAUGUCUUUACCUCCGCUGAUGUCAAGCAGGAAUUUGUCCCUGAGGAAAAGGCAUUUAAGACAGCAAAUAAGGGAAGUUUCUAAUAUACUGAAGGAAUUAAAGCUACAAGUUAAUAAAAAAACUACAACGCUUAACAUCAAUACAAAAAAUAUCUGGAAUAGUUCUUUACAAGGAUUUAGACAACGCAGCUUCAGUCCUACAAACACCAUCAAAAUAAAGUUCACCAACUGCCAAAAUAAAUCAAAGACAGAUACUUCUGCUGCAUCAAAACACCAUUUCUUUCAAUUAUUAAUGCUUCACCUUCAAAAUUCAUCACUGUUUGAGGGCUCUUCUGCAAAGAACUUGUCCCUUGAUUUUCAAGCUGUAAAAGAGAAUCUUUAUUUUGAAGCUGGUAAAAUGAUUGCAGUUUCUCUGGUUCAUGGGGGCCCAUCUCCUGGUUUCUUUUCCAAAACACUGUUCAAUUGUCUUGUCUAUGGUCCAGAGAAUGUGAAGCCAGCUUUGGAAGAUGUUGCUGAUGUUGAUGUAGCACAAACAAUAAAAACGAUAAAAUACGCAAAUAGUCUGUCCAGCCUAGAGUCUGCAGUAUACAACUGCCAUGAAUUCCUUGCUGCUGCUGGAUGUUUAAGACCUGUAACAGCUUUGUGUGAUAAGAAUAUGCUGGUGAAUGACAUCCUGAUCCAUCAUGUAAUCAAGAGAGUUAAAUUACCUUUGGAAAGUUUUAGGCAAGGUUUAGAAACUCUUGGUGUGUUGGAGAAAAUGCAAAUGCAUCCAGAUGUGUUCUCCCAUGUAUUGUGCCACAAACCUGAAAGACUUUCAGCAGAAACUAUUUGUGAUCUCUUUACAAUCCAUUCCUCAUCAGAUGUAAAUAAAGCUGAAGGUGCUGAUUUUUGGAUGGGUUAUUUGCAAGAUGUGGAAAGUGGUGAGUCUCUGGUGACAUUGGAGGAUAUUCUGCUCUUUGCAACAGGCUCUUCUUCUAUACCGCCCAUUGGUUUUGAUCCUGAACCUACUGUUAAGUUUUUGCAUAUAAGUUAUCCUGUUGGAAACAGACUCCUUAAUUGUUUAGAGCUCCCUAUAACAAAGACAUACGAGAAGUUUAAAAAGAAAAUGGAGUUCACCAUCAGAAACACACUAAGAGUUGACAGAGAGUAA